AUGUCGGCACCUACUUCCCCGCACUUUAGAAGCUCAGAUUCGCCAUCCCCAAAAUCUCCCCUUUCACCGAAUAUUUCUGCGCCAACAAAUUCGGACUAUUUUUCUUCUCCAAAGCUUAGAUCUAUCACAGAACAUGUCCAAUAUGAUCAUCCGCCUAACCAACGGCUAAACUCGAUGUCGAGCAUAUCCUUCAGAGGGGGUUCUAGAGGUCCGCGGCCCUUGAAAGACGGGAAGGGUGGUAAAGGAAAGAAGACGCUGACUCGUCCUCGUCUGAGGGGCUCGAGUCCACCUCCUCCACCAAAGUUUAAAGGAAAAGUCUCAUUCGAUAGCAUUGGAUCGUUAUCAGAAGACACCGAGAGGAAUACUAGAAGCUACACUCAAAACUCUAAACAUGAAGGAUAUCAAUACAAACGAUCCUCGAGGACUUUUAUGGUCGGCAUAGACGAGAACUCCUACUCGGAUAUCGCUCUACAGUGGAUGCUAGAAGAGCUCGUCGACGAUGGAGACCAAAUCAUCUGUUUAAGGGUUGUUGAUAAAGAUUCGAAGUUGAUCACUGACAGAGCCCUGGAGAUCAAGCAAUAUCAGCAGGAUGCAAGAGAACUACUAGAUGCGAUACAAAAGAAGAACGAUGAUAAUAAAGCUGUCAGUAUUGUACUGGAGUAUGCCAUAGGGAAAGUCCAUACAACCUUUCAAAAGAUGAUCCAAAUUUACGAACCUGCGAUGCUCAUCGUUGGAACUCGGGGGCGAAGUCUUGGGGGGUUCCAAGGUUUGAUGGGAAACAGAAACUCGUUCUCAAAAUGGUGCUUGCAGUAUUCGCCCAUACCAGUCGUUGUCGUAAGACCCACGGAUAAAAGGUUAAAGAAGAAGCAAAAACGAGAUGCAGAUCCUGCACGUCAAAGUUACACCCGCAUUCUACAAGAGAGUGGGGUUAGCGGACAUGAAACGUCAAUCGUUGCAAGCAAUCUCGAGAGCGCAACUGGCCCUCUUAUUGAAGCGCACGCGGUAGCAGCCGCUCUUGGUUUACCAGCGGAAUUUGAUCCCACAUUGACGCCAUUUACCCUUGAAGGUAGCCGACCUCUCAAAAAGAUAGAUUCUGGUAAGAGCGAAGCGACAAGCUGCACCAGUGGGUUUGACUCUCGACCUCAGAGUCCGGAAAUGCUUGUGAAGAGUCCUAGAUCUGCACAGCUUGAUAGUCCCAUCAUGAGCGGUGAUGAUUCUAGUGAGGGAGAAGGGGAUGAUGAUGAUGGAGAAUUCGAGGCAGUGCCCGGACACUUGUUACUUGGCAACGACGAUAUCCCUCAGCCAAACCCAGAAAUUGAGAAGAAGAAGAAACUUCAUGAGAUGGAGCUCGAAGAGGCAAAAGCUCUAGGCCGAAAAUCUUCUACUGGCUCUACUGACAGCGUUGAUCUAGAUGGUAGAGGCGAGGGGAAUCGACUAGCCGGCCCGGGCGAAUCUUUAUACGGGAUAUCGAAUGGCGAAUACCACUCUUACGAAAAUGCUCUGUUAUUGAUACCUUCCUUCAUUUAG